AUGUGCGCAGGAUUUCCACCGAUCGGCGCUCCACCAAUCGACCCUUUGGAUCAGCUGCCUCCCUUGACGUGGCGCUCCAACUCCAGAGGGCUGGACGUCGCAUUCAGCCUGGACAACGGCCGCCACACCGGACUGGGACGCUCCAUCGUGGAUAGCCUUCAAGUGGAUACCAUUAACCAACGCAUCCGCGUCGUUACCCACAUCGAUGGCGCCAGCACAUUAGAAGGCACAUACACUCUGGCCGCCCGCAUACUUGGCAUACCUCUGGAAGGCACUGGGCUCUUCAAGGUUACUAUGAGUGAGUAUCCUCAUUGA